AACUAUAAGGAGGAUGAUGCAAGCUUCAUUUCUUGGGUCAGGGAAAAAGUUGCAAACUCUUAUGAACAUAACAAAAGUAAGAGAUUGGAUGACCUAUUGUCACUAUCACGAGGCCCUGCUCAAAGUGUCAAGUGUUAUACAGGUUAUGUCCUAAAUGGUUUUCGUUUUCACACAAAGGAUUAUGACAAAAAUUUGAGUACUCAAAAUAAUGGAGUCGUUGUAGUUGGUGAUGAUGGAGUCGAUGUGAAUGCUAUAGACUACUAUGGGGUUUUAAGAGAGGUCAUUGAGCUGAAAUUUCUUGGAGGAAGAUCAUUAGCUUUGUUUAGGUGUGAUUGGUGCGAUGUCUAUGAUAAGACAAAAAGGGUUGAAAGUGGAUGAACAUGGUUUUGUGAGUGUUAACUUGAAUAGAAUGUUGAAGACAAAUGAGCCCUUUGUCCUAGCAAGUCAAGUGUCCCAAGUAUUUUAUGCAGAAGACAAUGUUAAUAAGAACUGGCACUUGGCAAUAAAGGUGCCACCUCGAGCCAUGGAUGUGUUGCCAAAGGAACAUAACACUGGCGAAUCAUAGAAUUGGUUGAACCUAUGGAUUGGUAUGGUUUCUCUUGAUUUUUUGAAUCUCUCCUACUGUUGAUUCUGUUGUCGGGUAUGAAUAUUAUUCUAACAUUACAAUCU